UCUGCUCACUCGUUGCAGUGAUGAACAGGCUGUUUGGACUCCACUUCUCCUCCUCCUUUCUUUCUCUGCCCUCCUCUACAUCUCCUCAGCGGGUGUCCAGCACCGAUGUCGGGGACUCUGUAGGAGCACCUAGGGGAACGACAGAGCAAAGGAGCGGCUGUAAUCCAGGUGGAGAAUCGCUGUGAAAACUGGAUGUGAAGGGGAAGCGCCAAGGUCAUGACCGACUGGUCCAAUGUGACAGUGUCCGGCCACCAGGAGCUGGGCCUGAAACCAGAGGAGCUGCCCAAGUCCAAAUGUGUCCUUGGCUUUAUCCCUGUCAUCUACUACAGCAUUCUGCUUUGUGUGGGAGUACCAGUGAACAUCCUCACAGCCGUAGCUUUAUCCAGACUGGCAUCCCGCACCAAGAAAGCUCUGUACUACUACCUUUUGGCGGUGACGGGCUCAGAUAUUCUCUCCCAGCUCUUCAUCAUCUUUGUCGGCUUCCUGCUGGAGACGGCGGUUUUUCACCGCGAUGUCCCCACGCUCCUGCUGCACUCCGUCAGUGCCGCUGAGUUCGCUGCCAACCACGCCUCCAUCUGGUCCACAGUGCCCCUCACCGUGGACCGCUAUGUGGCGCUGUGCCACCCCCUCCUCCACCGCCAGAUCAGCUACCCGGCCCGGGCCAGGAAGAUCAUCGCGGGGGUGCUGGCAUUAUCUCUCGUAUCGGGCGUGCCCUUCUUCUGGUGGUCGGACAUGUGGAGGAACAGCGACCCGCCCACAGCCCUGGACACCAUCCUCAUAUGGACGCAUGUGACUAUCAUCUACUUCCUGCCCUGCAGCAUCUUCUUAGUGCUGAACUCUCUAAUAAUCCAUACGCUGAGGGUGAGGAAGACGCAGCAGCACUGCCAGGAGGAGCGCGGGCCCAAGUCUGCGCCUCCUCGACGACUCGGGAAAACCACGGCCAUGCUGCUGGCCAUCACCUCCGUGUUCUCCGUGCUGUGGGCUCCCAGGACUGUGGUGGUCAUCUACCACCUGUACGUGUCCUCGGUUCACCGGGACUGGCGUGUCCACCUGGCCUACGACCUGUCCAACAUGCUGGCCAUGCUCAACACUGCCGUCAACUUCUUCCUGUACUGCUUUGUCAGUAAGCCUUUCCGCGGCGCCGUGCGGGACGUCCUGCUGCUCAGGGGGGCCCCGCUGUAUACCCGCCGCGCUCUGCCUCACCCGCAGGCUCCCACCAACGCCUCCAUCUCCUCUCUGUACAGUGGGAACAACAAGCGCUCGCAGCGGGACUCCAUCCCCUUGUCACCUCGCAGGACCAGAAAGCCCUCGUGACCCUGUGCCCCCUUCUCUUAAUCCAAAACACCCAUCGUCCCACGACCCCUGAGCACUUCUGACCCCCGAGACGCACACAGCAUUCCAGCUACGACCGUGGACAGCUGCCAGUCAGCCCUCAAGCUUUUCUUAAAGUCGCCUAAACUGUACUCACAAGAAGUAUGUUUUUUGUAUUCUAAUAUGUCACUGGGUGUUGUUUGGCCAUGUAAAUCAGAUGACAGCCUAUUUAUUUUUCCUCAGAAGAAUUUGAAAAAAAUGUAAAGUUUGUUUUUAGCACUUUUUUCUUUUCCAUACAUGGUAGUAAUGUGACAAAAUAUGUUUUAUAUUGUCACGAUUGAGAAGAAGAGAUUUACAGUUUGUUUUCUCUGUGGUUAAUUCGGUAGUUAGAUCACUAGUAGGUGAUUAGGGAAAAAAUGGAAGGAAAGAAAAAUGAUAUUUUGCAUGCUGCUACAGUCAGUGUAAUCCAUUCAUCUACCCAGCCUUGAAUUCAACCUACUUUACCCUGCUAUUAUAUCUACUCUGGAAGCAGCCAAGAGGGAGAGUUUUAAUUUGAACUGGCUGCUAUGUCUGCUGUUGUGUAAAGAUGCUGAAUGCCCAAAAGACAAUCUGCCCUGCUGAGCAUUGCCAAUCGAGCAAAGAAACCACACUCUGUCUCUGCAGCAUGCUCCCAGGCACAAAAACCCCAGCUGCUAAGCUGUUGUUUAUUUUUCAUGAAAUGCAACUCGAUGGAGCCUUAAAUGAAAGCUUGCUGUUUAAGCGGCAGGAGAGUGAAGACCCUGCUCUUCAAACAGCCCCUCCGCUACAUCCCCAACAUGGCCUCAGCUCUGGCUAAAUAAACCACAGAUUAGUCUGAUGGUCUGCGCAAACACACACACACACACACACACACACACACACAC